GCAUGCGUUUUUCAGAGUGCCGUUGGCCGUGUUCGUUGUCCAUAAAAACAAUCAUAACAAACGAAUGCGUGCGCAGAAAUCAAUGCCGGCAUAUUCAAAGCAUGCGCUUCAAUAUUUUAUCAAGAAACAACGCAUUAGUGAAGGAAGUACUGAGCUUCCUCAAAUGAAUUUCGGUGCAUCUGCACCAAAAUUACAUACCUGACAAUACUCUAACAUUAAAGUUGUGAUAAAUUUAAGAAAUAUGCAUAAAGUGUUAAAUUCAAAAUUAUAAACUUGCACCCCUGAACUAUACUUGUUGAGCUUAAAUAGUACAGAAUAGAUACUUAAAAAUCCUCCUCAAUAUGGAUGAAAAUCUUAGUCGGGGUUAUGUGCAGUUGGGGAAAUUGAGAGGGAUGAAUGAGUUCAAAUUAGUAAAUGGAACUGAUCAUACUACACCACCAAAAGAUAAAUAUAAUUUAGUUUAUGCAACUUUAAUGCUCGCUGGUGUAGGAUUCUUGUUACCCUAUAACAGCUUUGUAAUUCCAGUUGAUUAUUUCCAAGAUCGUUAUCCAGGCACUACAGUUGUAUUUGAUAUGACAGUUGUUUACAUAUCUAUGGCAUUCUUUGCUGUGUGUGCUAAUAAUAUUUUAGUGGAGACAAUAUCCCUUGAUACAAGAAUAAGGUUUGGUUACGUAAUUUCAUUUAAUACACUUGCCUUCGUUGUUAUGUCCGAAAUAUGGUGGGAAAUGUUUGGAAACUCUACAUCAUAUACAAUUAAUUUAAUUGCAGUAGCAAUUGUUUCAGUAGGAUGUACAGUCCAACAGUCGAGCUUUUAUGGUUAUACUUCUAUGUUACCAAGUCGUUAUACUCAGGCAGUUAUGGCUGGAGAAAGUUUAGCUGGUUUUUGGGUAUCAAUAAAUCGAGUACUUACUAAAUCAAUAACUAGUAAUCAACGUAGCAAUACUUCUAUAUUUUUUAUUCUCUCUAUAAUAACUAUUGCCGUAUGCUCACUUCUCAAUACUCUUAUAAAAAAAACUGAUUUUGUUCAAUUUUACAUCAAACUCUGUCAAGAACGUAGUAAAAUUACACUAGAACCUACAGAAGAUAUUGGUUUGAUGGAUCCUCUAGACCAAGUGAAUGAUUCUAAGGGACAAUAUGGAGUACUGAAACUUCAAACAAGUCCUCUAGGUAUAGAUUCCUGUGAUCCAGUAACUGGAGCACAAUAUUCCGCUUUUUCUUUUAGUAAUCCAGUAUAUGAACCCAACUCUACCACUGUAAAUCAGGCUGGAGUUACUGGCCCCACUUACAAAGUUGAAGAUAUUGUAGUUAUGGGAGGUUCAUAUGGAAAUCAAAGUAAACCUUGGACUGGAAUUAAACGAGGACUGUUAGCAAGAUACGAAGUUGCAAAACUCAUUUAUCCUUAUAUGAUUAGCAUUGGUUUCGCAUAUUUUGUCACUCUUUGCCUUUAUCCUGGAAUAGUAUCUGAAAUAAAAUCUUGUAAAUUUGAAUCAUGGAUGCCAGUGAUACUGAUGGCGACAUUUAAUGGAGCUGAUUUAUUGGGAAAAAUUUUAGCAUCUAUUCCAUAUGAAUGGACACGCACACAGCUUCUAUAUUUUUCUGGUGCUAGAAUUAUUCUUAUUCCUUUAUUCCUACUUUGUGCGAUACCCAGACAUGCACCAAUACUUUCUAGUGAAGUUUAUCCGGUGCUUUUUUCUUGGCUACUUGGUUUGACUAAUGGAAUUGUCGGCAGUGUACCAAUGAUCCAAGCACCAAGUAAAGUUCCCGAAGAACAUCGAGAACUUGCUGGAAAUAUCAUGACGUUGUCAUACACAUUUGGACUUGCGCUUGGAUCAUUACUGGCUUACAUGCUAGAUGCUUGUCUCGGUGUAUCUGUAAAUGCUCAUCAGAUUUGUUUUAAUCAACUAAUUUCAGAAUUAGACGUAAGAGAAAAGCUCACAACAAUGGAAGUUUUGACAAGUACGAUAGCUAAUACCACUUCUGCGUCUAUUAUGAAAAUUAGUAAUAGAAUACCAGACAUUAGAACUACUGCUUCUUCACUAACAACUAUUUUGACUACCUCCGUCAUUGCGAAUCAAACUUUUGGACUUAUAGGGAGUAAUAUUCCUAAUGUUACUACAGAAAGUCCAAUAACUUUGUCCAAUAUCACAUCAACAAUCAGUAAUGCAAUUAUACCGCACUAAACAUGGGACUCAGUAACAACUUUUUUUAAGUAUUUUGGGAUCUACAAUUGCUUAUAUUAUUCAGUACUUUUCUGCCAUUUAUCAUGAUAAGAAGAAAAAUAUAUUUUAAUUCUAUAUGACAAUUCAAAAUAUGUUUGUAUAAAAUUUAAUCAUUCAUUGUUGAUUCCUGUGAAUCAAACAAUAUUUCUACUUUAUUUAAAACUAAACAUAUCUAUUACAUGUACACAUGAAAAAGAUCAUCGGUGAUAUAUUUAUUGAUCAAUCUUGAUUGGAUAUUUACACAGUUCAACAUAUCACUCCAUUCUAUUCCUUUAAGUUGAAUGGACUUAAAAAAAUAUUGUAGAAUCAUUUGUUAUAUCACUGUGUAUAAUUUAUAUUACAGAUUUGAUAUUUAGGAAAUAUCAUGAAGAUCAUCAAAAAUUAAAAAAAUCAUUUAGCUGUCCAAUAAACAAAAUCUUCCAAGUCAAUCUUAUUUUUACGUAAUAAUACUAACGAUGAUAAAUAAAAUAUG